AUGCGCUCCAGGCUCAAGUUCUCUGACGAUUCCCAUCGCGAGAAGGUGUGGUCUAACGAAAUGCUCUUCUUCUACAUGAACUUGUUGCUGGACGAAUACAACACAGGAAUGAAGUUUGGGCUGUUUAGAAACAAGGACAGCUACGGCCCAAAGAGUGGCGUGGUCGAGAUCAUGUUCCAUCCCUUUCUUUGGGCUGGCGACUGGCAUUUGGCUGUUGGAUUCCACAAACUGCACAAGAUCGCGGUGAUCAAUUGUUCCAAGCUGGAUCCAAAGGAAAACGCCGGGUUCCCUAUUCGCAGUGUUUUGAAGCUCGAGGAGUUCGUGUUCUUUUUUGGGCACAAGAUCAACAAGUCGUCUUUGAAACAUCCGUAUAAGGCUGCCAGUUUUAUCGAGCCUGUGAGUUCGAUCAACGCAAUCAAUUUGCUGGCUCUUGUUUUCACCUUCUGUGUGACGCCCACGCAUUUGACCGACAUGUUCUCGCAAGUCGGAGCGGAACCCAGAACGUACGACGUUUCGGAGUUUUACGAGGAGAUCGUCCGUUUCGACCGGUUCGGAUACGCUCGCGCAGUUCUUGGGAACCAGGUUAUGGACAAAUUGGUGGAGAAAAGUCUUCCUGAACAGCAGGUAUCGGAAACGUCGUAUCCAUUUGAGUUGGAAAAUACAGACUUUGACGCGAUUUUCCCUAAGAAGACCGCUGAGCAUUUCCUCAAGGCAAUGAAGGAAGGAGACGACGGGUUCAUUCAAGAUGCGGACGUGUUCGACGAGGUGGUGGAGAUGAUCGAAGGCUGGUGCCAUGUUGGCCAGAAAGAUGAGUUCGAGUCUUGGAGCAUGCUUUUCAGAGAAAGCAUUGUUGCAUUCUACUCGGUUGGAAGCAAGAUGGAGUUUGACGAGGAGGAGUUUGGCGAGGUUCUACAGAGCGCAGACCACAAAAGCCAGGUUUUCCCGUUGAUACUCGAAAACGGUAACCUGCUUCUGAUCAACUUGGAACGUCAAGAAACAGAACUCAUCUCCAACAUCGUGGAGCUUUCUUCCAAGAACCUGAAAGGCUCGACGGUGGUCCGGACGUUUGCUGUUCGUCGACUCAUCGAGAUGUACGGUUGGCACAAUCGUUUAUUAGUGUCCAAAGUCAACUUCCAUCGCUACUCCGUGCGCACACAGGAUCUGACCAAAAACAUCACCACGUUCUUCUUUUUUAUUCACCAUUUCAUCCACCAUGGCAAAUUCGACACCCAACUUGCUCCUGACCAAAUAGAUACCGAUUACUAUGGGGUUGCAUUUCAGUCUCUGAUGCACAGGAUAGUGGCUGGAAACAGGUCCGGGAUCCUCAGCGACUACCGCAAGCUAGUCAAAUGUAUAAGCUAA